AUGUCACGAGUCAACGGACAGGGUAACCAGCCCCAAACUCACGACCGUGCUCAUCGUAUUUCUAAAUCCUCUGUAUCCAUGACACGAGUCAACGGACAGGGUAACCAGCCCCAAACUCACGACCGUGCUCAUCGUAUUUCUAAAUCCUCUGUAUCCAUGACACGAGUCAACGGACAGGGUAACCAGCCCCAAACUCACGACCGUGCUCAUCGUAUUUCUAAAUCCUCUGUAUCCAUGACACGAGUCAACGGACAGGGUAACCAGCCCCAAACUCACGACCGUGCUCAUCGUAUUUCUAAAUCCUCUGUAUCGGGGUCACGAGUCAACGGACAGGGUAACCAGCCCCAAACUCACGACCGUGCUUAUCGUAUUUCUAAAUCCUCUGUAUCCAUGUCACGAGUCAACGGACAGGGUAACCAGCCCCAAACUCACGACCGUGCUCAUCGUAUUUCUAAAUCCUCUGUAUCGGGGUCACGAGUCAACGGACAGGGUAACCAGCCCCAAACUCACGACCGUGCUUAUCGUAUUUCUAAAUCCUCUGUAUCCAUGUCACGAGUCAACGGACAGGGUAACCAGCCCCAAACUCACGACCGUGCUCAUCGUAUUUCUAAAUCCUCUGUAUCGGGGUCACGAGUCAACGGACAGGGUAACCAGCCCCAAACUCACGACCGUGCUUAUCGUAUUUCUAAAUCCUCUGUAUCCAUGUCACGAGUCAACGGACAGGGUAACCAGCCCCAAACUCACGACCGUGCUCAUCGUAUUUCUAAAUCCUCUGUAUCCGUGUCACGAGUCAACGGACAGGGUAACCAGCCCCAAACUCACGACCGUGCACAUCAUGUUUCUAAAUCCUCUGUAUCCGUGCCAAGAGUCAACAAACAGGGUAACCAGCCCCAAAUUCAUGACCAUGCACAAAUUACUAAACCCACUGAAUCAUUUACCAUAUCCACUGAAUCCAUUACCAAGUCCACUGAAUCCAUUACCAAAUCCACUGAACCUACAUCCAAACCCGCUGUAUCUUUUCAACAAGCCAACCGACAGGGUAACCAGCCCCAAAUGCACGGCUUCAAAAAUUAUACUACUACCAAUCCCAUUUAUAUUCCAAUAAAUAAUAUGCUAACUCUAUUAAUUCCUUUAAAUGCAUUAUUUUCAACUCUUCUAAUUCUACAAUAUCCAAUAAAUCUCAUAAUACCUACAACAUACCUAUGCCUACUACCUUACUACAAUAUUAAAACAGCUUUUUGAUUCAAAGACAUUAAG